GUUGUAUUGAUACAUCAAUUUGUAGCAUCGCCAUUUUGUGAAAACCUUUCAUUCUCUAUUUUGGGAGUGUCAGUGAUUGUAAAAGAAGAGAGUUGUUGCGGUGAAGAAAUAAACACAAAGUGAACGUACAAAAAUCGUUCUAAAUAACGCGAGGUGAGCUGUGUCAUCCGUUGUGUUGUCGUGUAGCGGUGCAGAGUGCGUAUGAUCUCUGGAAGGGACAGAAUAACCGUACGGAUACAAAAUAUGAAAAGGAGUAGUGAUAGGGACACGCCACCACGCAGCAAAAGGUCUCGGUCCAGCAUGGGCAGGUACGACGAUAGCUCAGAUGAGCGUAUAACCCCAGAGCGUAUUCGCAGGAGGGGCAGCCGCGGCCGAUCUCCAAGUCCAAGACCAAGGUACAUGUCGCCACACCGUGAUGAGUACAUGCGACAUGCGCCCCCAGAAAGGGCCUAUCCGUACAAAGUUUUAUGUGUGAGUGCAUUACAUCCAAAAGCAAGCGACGAAGUUAUCAAAGACACGUUAUAUCGUGAAUACAAAAAGUAUGGAGAGCUUAGCAUUCGGAUUUCUCACGAUUUGGACGAACGAGUAGCUUACGUUUGCUUUAGAAACCCCGAUGAUGCCCGUGAGGCAAAACAUGGGCGACCAAGGAUCAUUAUUUACGAUAAAGUUGCUUUGGUUGAAGCUGUUUAUGAAGUGGCUAGAUCUUCUAGUGAUAUGUAUCGUCGCCCGCGUUCAAUAACCCCAGAAUACGAUAGACAUUAUUAUGCAAGAUCCCCGGAACGUUUAAGACCUGUUGAACGUUAUGAUAGAGCUUAUGGUAUGCCACCUGGAGUUCCCGUUCAUAGGGAAUUCCGCCGCGAAGCUCUUCCCGGUCCUCAUCAUGAGUAUUUAGCGCGUCCUCCCAUUCAUCAUCCUCCUCACAUGGCCCCUGCACAUCCAUAUGGUCCCCCUCGUCAUAGCGUACCACGUCCACCUUUUGAAAAAACCGAAAAUAAAAAAGAUAAAUUCCCUAACUAUUUACAUCAUAUCUCCCCCGAAGAAGACCCGUUAGCUACACGUACAUUAUUUGCUGGUAAUUUAGAAAUUAACAUAACAGAAGAAGAAUUACGUAGAAUUUUCGGUCGUUACGGAACUGUAGAAGAUAUCGACAUAAAACGUCCACCACCCGGUACAGGAAACGCGUUCGCUUUCGUUCGUUUUUAUACUUUAGAUAUGGCACAUCGCGCAAAAGUCGAAUUAUCAGGUCAAUACAUUGGAAAAUUUCAAUGUAAAAUUGGAUAUGGUAAGGCAACACCUACGACGCGUAUUUGGGUAGGUGGUUUGGGUCCUUGGACUUCAGUAACGCAGUUAGAACGCGAAUUCGAUCGAUUUGGGGCCAUUAAAAAAAUCGAUUACGCGAAAGGUGAUAACCAAGCGUACAUUUUAUACGAUAGCAUUGAUGCCGCUCAAGCAGCCGUUAAAGAAAUGAGAGGUUUUCCUUUAGGCGGUCCCGAUCGGCGUCUUCGUACCGAUUUCGCCGACGUUACACCAGGCGUUUCGUAUCGACCAAAACCAUCAACAUAUCCAGUACACGAAGAUCCGUUAGAAUAUCGCAGAAUUGAACCUGAAUUUGAAUACGAUGAAAGCUACUCGAGAUAUCGCCGAUCGGCUUAUCCAGAAAGACGAGCUGGAAGUCGUGGUCCAUAUCGAUUUAUGGAGGAGGAAGAAUGGAAUCGAACUCGACCCGAAGCUGAAUACGAUCGACAUAGAUCAGGAUCGAGAGGAGUUGAUCGUUCUCGAUCGAGGUCUCAACGAAGAUCGGUCGAUUCUGAUUCUGAUAAUGGCUCGAGAAGAGCUGGGUUAUUAGCUUCGAGUAGAACUUUACCGGAGGUGGCUAGAAAAUGUUCGACAGUUUGGCAAGGAGCGCUAAUUUUAAAAAAUUCUUUAUUCCCAGCUAAAUUUCAUUUAAUCGAUGGGGAUACAGAUAUAGUUGAGGGUUUGAUGAAGGAUGAGGACGGUCGGCAUCAAUUGCGCAUAACACAACGAUUACGUUUGGAUCAACCGAAAUUGGAAGAUGUACAAAAACGUAUCGCGGGAGCAAGUUCCCACGCGAUUUUCUUAGGUCUUGCUGGAUCUACGGCAUCGGUAACUAACGAUGAUGCAAACGUACAAACUCGACCGUUACGUAAUUUGGUGUCAUAUUUGAAGCAAAAAGAGGCAGCAGGAGUUAUAUCAUUGUUGAACAAAGAAACUGAAGCCACAGGUGUUCUUUAUUCCUUCCCACCUUGUCCCUUUUCUGCUGAAUUAAUCAAACGCACCUGUCAUAAUCUUCCCGAUGAUGCUUUAAAAGAGGAUCACUUGGUAAUUGUUGUGGUACGUGGCGGUACAGCUUAAAUAUUUAAAAAAAAAAAACAAACAACGGAUAAUAUAAAUUCAUUAUUAUUUACAAAGCAAACACAUCGAUUAGAAUCAUUAAUUUUUUUAUAAAACUAAGAAUUUUUAUUAAUUUAAAUUCACAGGUACACAUAUAAACAAAAAAAAUUACACUCAUUGUCGAUUUAUGUUUAUUAUUAAUCUUUAUAUCAUUUUUUUUUAUUUAACGUGAGGUGGUACUAUGUAGUGUUAGUUAUUUAGGUUAAAAAAUAAUAGCGCUGUUUCAUCUUGUUUUUCAGGAAAUAAGUGAGCCGAAAUAGUUUUAUGGAAUCUUCUGUUAAUAACUGUGAAAUUUUCUCACUUAAAUUUUCUUGUAGUAACUCAAAACGAAAAAAAAAAAAAAGAAUGUAUCUUAUGAUUUGUGACAUUUGGAAGAUUAACGAAAACAAAAAACUAUAUUUUUUAAGUGAACAUAGUGAUUAGUGCUUUCAGUUCUUUUUUAUUUUAUUUUUGUUUUUUUUUCUUGGUUAUUUGUUUUUGUUCUCCCGCUAGAUAGUUUUUAAUAUAGUGGUGUAACAAUUUCUGCGCAAGAAACUUGUUGACUUUGUAUGUGAAAGGAUUGACUGUAAGCAGCCGCUUUAUUCAGAAGUAAUAAAAUGAUGCAGUGUAUAACGUUUUGUGUUUGUGCUGUAGUUAAUGAUGGAAAGAGUUAGAUUUUUUUAAAUAAAAACAAUGCUAAGUGCUCCGAUUGGUGGUCUCCAGAGUAUUUUUUGUGCAAGUUCUUGAUCUCAUAAUUUAUUACUCUAAAUUUAGUUUUUUUUAAUACUUUGGUUUCUCUGAUUGUGAACUUAUAACAGUGAGUUUUGAUGAUGCUGAACAGAUAGGGAUGGAAUGUUUUGAAUGAAAAAAAUAAGUUUAUGCAAAAAAAUGUUUAAAAAAAUAAACAUGGGAAAAGUUGUGUAAAUAAUAUUGAUAAUAAUGGUGAGUGACAUCUCGUUUUAAAAGUUAAAGACUGUAAUAUUAUGAUAUGUUUAAACUUAGAGUUGGAUUUUAAAAGAAAAUGAAUAAUAAAAGAUUUUUUUGAUAUAAAAACGAA